AUGGGAAUUGGGACUACUUUUGGGAUUUCUCGAGUGGAUAAACUUUUGGAGCAACACAAGUCCGCCUUGAUCAUGCGGCUGUCGUUUGUCACUGGAGGGACUAUCUGCUUUACUGUGAAAUCCACUGCUCAUACACUGGACCACCGCGCGACUCGUCCCAUACAUCUGGAGCCACUGGAUCUCAAACGUCUCCAGACAAAAUGCCUGAAAGAUUACUUGAGAGAUAUUGCUGAUGCAGAAAAGGUAAAAUAUAUUCUAAACUCUGCUCAUCAAGUGAUUCGGAUUACGGAAGUCCUUGCACAGUUAGGCGAAAGCGAAGCUGGUAGUGUAGCUGCAGGAAGUCGUGACAUCUCCAGCAACGUUACGCAUUCUGGUGACAUUGCAGCAAUGCAACACAUCAGGUAG